AUGACUUUGAGCUUUGGAAAGACGAGUUUCUGGAUAUUCGUGCGGUAAAUUAUCAGACUUCCACGGAUCUGUAACAACUUUCGAUUUCAAAUAGAAAAACGAAUGUGUGAAUAAGAAAAAGGAAGUGAAAAAGGAAAUAUUUCACAGAAAAUUUCGUGAAUUUUCAACUGAAAAUUAUAUAAAAAUACUCCGAAACGAUCACGUUGCUUCACCCAUCCUGCCUUCUUAUCUGAGCUUCAAAUCUUCGGCUUACACGUGAUAUAUCAAAUCGCGUGAGCCGUCCUCACUGGUCCUACAAGUGAGCGUCACUUCCAAAAGUCCCUCCGAACUACUCGAGCCCAACUACAAGGUGGGUAGCCAGAGGCGCAAGCCUACCGUAAGUUAGCGUUACUAAAACUGAAUUCAUAAGGAAUUUAGGCCUUAAUUGGCAGGGUCAUAAAGGUCCACAUCCGAAAAAGUCCGGGCAGGGCAUAAAAGGCCCUAAAAAGAUGAUCGAGGAACCAUGUAAUGACUUUAAAUUCAGCAUGGACAGCGACGAGGAAAUGAUACUCGACUCGGGCUAACUUUUCAAAAGCAGGAUGCUUCGCACAGUUCCGGAAAACCCUCAAGGGAGUCCGAGAGCAGCGACGACGAUCAAUCGAUGGAGUCGGAUCAGCCGGGACCAAAGAAGUCUUUGGGUCCGAGUGAUGCAGGUUCGAGCAAAAAGACAACAAAUAAGAGAGUUUUUUUUUCAGAUGAGGAAAUCUCUCCACCGCAAAAUGCGGUCCGAACCAGGGUGAAGCUACCUGAGCAGACGGCUUCUCUAGCGAAGUCGUGUAUGGGUGGAACGUUUAAGAUCUGGAGUGACAGAGACUGA